AACUUUUCAUUUUCUUUACGUUUGCAAUAUUUUAAGACGAAUACUGUGAGAAUUUGCUUGAGUUUCGCUUGAUUGUUUUGUUAUUUCUUGCGCAUGAACCUAAAAGAUAAGGAAUGCCAUCCUCUGACGAAGAAGGUGAAAUUUGUCCAGAAAUCCAUGUCUCAGAAUAUGCUUUUGUUAAUCAAUACGGUGAGCCAAUUUCAUUUUCUGUUUUGCCUCUCCAAUGGAGUGAAAACGAGGUCAUUGGCCAGGAUAAAACCGAGGUUUUCUUAGACGGGGUUGCUGACGAUGGUCUUAUGAAGAUUUACAAGCAAGUUGUUGCGUGGAAGUUAGAGCUAUCCUAUGCUCUACCUGAAAUUUUGGUGCUCCUCAAGGACAAGAAAUGGAUAACACUGCAGAAGCCUAGGAAGAGUUUCGGAAGUACGAUUAGGACAAUCCUGAUUACCAUUCAUUGGUUGCAUUUCAUGAAAAAGAACUCAGAGGAAUCAGCAAAAUCUGUAUGGAACCACUUGAGGAACGUCUUCAGCUUAUAUGAGUUUGAGCCUUCAGAGAGUGACCUUUUGUGUCACAAGCUGUUAAUUCAUGAAGCUGUGAAAUGGGAUAAAGACCUAGAAAACUCAAAGAAUGUAAUUAACUUUCUGCAGAUGCCUCAGAGGAAUAUAACUUUGCAUCAGGAUGUCAUUGUAUUCAAGAAAGAUAAGUUUAUAGUUAAUGGAGAUGAAGGUCUAGAUGAUGAUGAUAUAGGUGAAGAAGUUGGUGGUGCGGGGAAGUCCAUUUUUGAUCCUGUUUGUGCAAUUUGUGAUGAUGGUGGCUACAUUCUGGCUUGUGAAGGAAGGUGCUUGAGGUCUUUUCACCCAACAAAAGCUGCUGGGAUUGAUACCUGUUGUGAAUCUCUUGGCUUUGUCAAUGAUGCUCAAAUUGAUGCUAUUCCGUCUUUCUUGUGUAAAAAUUGUCUAUGUAAGAAGCAUCAGUGUUUUGCAUGUGGUGAAUUAGGCUCUUCUAACAAUUCUCCCGGUCAAGAGGUUUUUCCUUGUGUUUCUGCAACUUGUGGGCAUUUCUAUCAUCCAAAAUGUGUGGCAAACUUGCUACAUCCGGACAAUGAAGCUGAGGAGAAAAAAUUUAGAGAUAAAAUUGUUGCAGGGGAUUCAUUUACCUGUCCUACCCACAAAUGCUUCGUUUGUAAGCGAAGUGAAGAUGCAGAGGUUUAUGAUUUGCAGUUUGCUCUAUGUAGGCGUUGCCCAAAGGCAUACCACAGAAAAUGUUUACCCAAGAAUAUUUGCUUUGAAUAUAAUAAGUAUAAAAAUAGUUUACAAAGAGCGUGGGAGAAAUCUGCCCUAUAA